AUGGUUGCUGAAAAGAAUAGUAGAAGUAACGAGAAAACCAAAAGAAGGAGAGUGGCCCUGGCUUGUGAAGGUUGCCGCCAGAGGAAAACAAAAUGUGAUGGAGUCCAACCUAUAUGUGGGAUAUGCUUGAAAAGAAAGAUUCCAUGUAUAUAUGGCAAGAAAUAUACAAGAGCUCAUGUGAGUGUGGAAUAUGUCAAGAGUUUGGAAGAGAAAUUAGGAAUUUUGUCAAAUGAUAAACAUAAAAGCAUUAAUAUGAAUCGUUCUUCAUCGGUUGUGAGUGAGGGCAAUCUGAACGACUAUGAGUCAGAUGGCAGAGAAUCAAUAACUAAUUCUGCAACAGGUUCCCAAGGUGUUACAUUUCCAUAUACGCCUAUUUCAGAUUCUCAUCUUGGCUCAAAUAAAAAAAUACUAGUUUCUACCGAUACAGCUUUACAAAAGAAUGGUGAAUCUAACUAUAAGGACGAAGACCUGACCACCGAUGCUAUGGGUGCUGGAUCUGGGACAGCUCCGAAUGUAUCAAAAGAUAAAAGUUUUUACGGAAGAUCUGCCGCUAUGUCCUUUAUGAAGGAACUUUUUGCAACGGUUGAUGGUAAACCAAUUGAUAAGGUUGAGCUGAUAUCAGAAAGGCCAUGUGUGUAUAAGAUGAGCAGAAAUGAGAAGGAGAGAUCUACCAUAAGCUUAUCUGGAAUAGUAGUACCUCCUAGAAGUGUGGCUGAUAGCUAUGUUAAGAAUUAUUUUGAGUAUGCAUAUCCGCUUUAUCCCUUUAUUCACAGACAAACAUUUAUGUGUGCGUAUGAAGAGAUAUGGUCCGGGGAUGCUGUUAAUUGCGAAGUGGAUGAAUUAUUCUACUCUAUUCUAAAUAUCAUAUUUGCUUUUGGUUAUCGCUUAUCGCCAUUGGGAGAACGCUUAGAAGAAAAUACCACUGCCAAC